AUGAUUCAAACCGGGAAAUUCACUUCACCACACAUGAUAUCAUAUAAUGAUUGCAUACUGAUCAAUAAUCGGACCUAUCCUAUGUCCAAAUUUCAAAAAGUGAUGAAUGAAGUUAUGGGAAUAGAUAAAGAAUUAGGAUUAAGAUGUACUGAAUUUGAAAUCUUGACGGUGGCUGCGUAUAAGAUAUUUGAGAUUGAGAAGGUUGAUAUUGCGUUGAUUGAAGUUGGUGUGGGUGGGAGAUUGGAUGCUACUAAUGUGUUAAUGCCGUAUGAUGGUAGUAGUAGUGGUGGGGUGAUUGCGUGUGGUAUAACUAAGAUUGGAAUGGAUCAUGAACUGUUAUUAGGAUCGACAUUGAGUCAGAUUGCAAGAGAGAAAGCUGGGAUUAUGAAGACAGGCAUUCCUUGUUUUGUUGAUGGACUGAAUGAACAAGAAGUAUUGAAUACUAUACGGACAGUUGGGAACGAAGUUGGAAGUAAUGUAACCAUUAUCAACCCCACGGCACAAGCAAAAGAAUUAAUCCAAUAUAGUCCCCUCAAGGGAUCAUACCAACUUCACAACCUUUCACUCGCCUUACUGAUCCUAAACUCGAUCCAACAAUCCAAGCAUCUCCCCACUAUCAUCUCCAAAGAAAACAUAAUCCACGGCAUCCGGGAAACAAAAUGGCCAGGAAGAUUGCAAACGGUCCAUCAUCCAACAUUGGCAGAUAUACUCAUAGACGGAGCCCAUAAUGAAAGUGCCGCCAUUGAACUCAAGAAAUUCUUGAAUGAGACAUAUCCCGACAACAAAAAUAUCAUAUUCGUAAUUGCGAUAACCAAAGGUAAAUCAGUCGAGAAAUUGCUUAAACAAAUUGCUUCUAGACAGGAUACGGUCAUAACCACUUCUUUCUCCCAGCCCGAUAAUAUGCCCUGGAUCAAACUGGAACUGACGAAGAAAGUUGCGGAUGUGGCUCGUGGGAUAUGUGAGGAUGUUGUUGAAGUUGAAGAUGGUGUUGUAGAGGCGUUGGAAUAUGUGCAGAAGGAGUAUAGAAAUAAAAGAGGUGAUUCGAGGCCGGUGGUUGUUUGUGGGAGUCUAUAUCUCUGUGCUGAUGUGUUAAGGGCAUUCCUGGAGAAACAUGAUUAG